AUGCCAGCGAGCUUCUUAAGUCUUCCUGCGGAACUCCGCAACGAGAUAUACAUGUAUCUCCUAGUGCGCAGCGAGCCUAUCGAUCCGUGGAAUGGAGGUCAUGAGCUAGUACCCAAUCUCCUCUCCACGAACACGAAAAUCCUACACGAGGCCAGAUCACUACUCUAUGGCGAUAACUGCUUUGACCUCAGUAGGUGGGAAUCUGAAAUUAUAGCCCAAUUUCUUGAUACGAUUGGCUUUAUCAACGCAUCUUAUCUUCAGUGUAUCCGCAUUGACUUCCCCACACUUCGCGAGCUUGAAUACAAGGUCAACCUGGAAGUAGACAGCCUUCGUAUACUCGAAAAGAUCCAGUGCCACUGCAUCAAUCUGGAAAAGGUUAUAACAACCUCCAAAAGCACAACUGCCAUGGAAAACCAGCUCGACUCAUUUGACAGCCCUAAGAUCUGUGAGAAGGCCCUUGCGCUGGUUGAUGCUCGUUUCAGAGAAAUUUCAUCUCUUCAAGAAAUCGUCAUCGAGGUUUAUGAGGAAGGUCCAAGCUUAGAUCUCAGAAGGAAAAUGAGGAGUCGUGGAUGGAUACUCAAUGUGGUGGAGGAGCCAGUGGAAGAAGUGAAGUGGAACUUCCACACAUCGUGGGAUGGGCUUGAAGAUGAUGAGUAUGUUUGCGACGACGACUAUAACGAUUACUUUGAUGUUGAUGAUUACAACGAUGACUAUGACGAUGACUACGAUAUCGACAAUGAUAGUGAUUUCUGGAGAAGGGCGGCGGAUUAA